AUGGUGAAGCUCGCAAAGGCUGAUAAAAAUCAAGGUGACUCCAAGAAAAUGGCUUGUCCUCCAGAGGAGGUAGAAGAAGAUAGUGAAGAUGUGGAAAUGCCAGAUGAAGAAGAUGAAAGCAAUGGAGAAGAGGCUAUCACUCCUCAGAAAAAAGUCAAGAAGGCUACAACUCCAGGAAAGAAGAUGAUGGUUUUUCCAACAAUAAAGAUUGCAGUUGCCACACCAGGCAAGAAAGCAGUUGUCACCCCUGGCAAAAAGGCAGUGGCUGUGCCAACCCCUGGCAAAAAGGCAGCAGUUACACCAGCCAAAGCAUUAGCCACACCUGGUAAGAUGGGAGCAGCCAUCCUAGUCAAGGGAGCAGAGAACGUCAAGAAGGAAGAUAGUGAUGAUGACAACAAUGAAGAGGAGAAGGAGGAGGAGGAAUUUCAGCCAGCAGAGAUGACAGCUACUGCUGCUGCCCCUUUCUUGGAUGAUGAGGAUGAUGACGAAAAAGAUGACUCUGAAGAAGAACCUAUGGAGAUUGCACCAGCCGAAGGCAAGAUAGCUCCCAUAAAAGCUGUUUUUGUGAAGGCUAAGAGCACAGCUGAGGAUGAAGAUGAAGAAGAGGAGGAAGAACCUGUCAAAGAAGCACCUGGAAAAGGAAAGAAGAAAAUGGCCAAACAGAAAGCUGCUCCUGAGGCCAAGAAACAGAAAGUGGAAGCCACAGAACCAACUACGGGUUUCAGUCUCUUUGUUGGAAACCUGAACUUUAGCAAGUCUGCACCUGAAUUAAAAACGGGUAUCAGUGAAGUUUUUGCUAAAAACAAUCUUGCUGUUGUGGAUGUCAGAAUUGGUGUGUCCAGGAAGUUUGGCUAUGUGGAUUUUGAAUCUGCUGAGGAUCUGGAAAAAGCCUUAGAACUCACUGGUUUAAAAGUCUUUGGCAAUGAAAUUAAACUAGAGAAACCAAAAGGAAAAGACAGUAAAAAAGAUCGAGAUGCAAGAACACUUUUGGCAAAAAAUCUGCCUUAUAAAGUUACUCAGGACGAAUUAAAAGAAGUGUUUGAAGAUGCUAUGGAAAUCAGAUUAGUCAGCAAGGAUGGAAAAAGUAAAGGGAUUGCUUAUAUUGAAUUUAAGACAGAAGCUGAUGCAGAGAAAACCUUGGAAGAAAAGCAAGGAACAGAAAUAGAUGGACGAUCCAUUUCUCUGUACUAUACUGGAGAGAAAGGUCAAAAUCAAGACCAUAGAGGUGGAAAGAAUAGCACCUGGAGUGGUGAAUCAAAAACUCUGGUUUUAAGCAACCUUUCCUACAGUGCAACAGAAGAGACUCUUCAGGAAGUAUUUGAGAAGGCAACAUUUAUCAAAGUGCCCCAGAACCAAAAUGGCAAAUCUAAAGGGUAUGCAUUUAUAGAAUUUGCUUCAUUUGAAGAUGCUAAAGAAGCUUUAAAUUCCUGUAAUAAAAGAGAAAUCGAGGGCAGAGCAAUCAGGCUGGAAUUGCAAGGACCCAGAGGAUCGCCUAAUGCAAGAAGCCAGCCAUCCAAAACUCUAUUUGUCAAAGGUCUAUCUGAGGAGACUACGGAAGAGACAUUGAAGGAGUCAUUUGAUGGCUCUGUCCGUGCAAGGAUAGUCACUGACCGGGAGACUGGCUCUUCCAAAGGGUUUGGUUUUGUAGACUUCAACAGUGAGGAAGAUGCCAAAGCCGCUAAGGAAGCCAUGGAAGAUGGUGAAAUUGAUGGAAACAAAGUUACUUUGGACUGGGCCAAGCCUAAGGGUGAAGGUGGCUUCGGGGGUCGUGGUGGAGGCAGAGGUGGCUUUGGAGGCAGAGGCGGUGGCAGAGGAGGCCGAGGUGGAUUUGGCGGCAGAGGCCGGGGAGGUUUUGGAGGGCGAGGAGGCUUCCGAGGAGGUAGAGGAGGAGGAGGAGACCAUAAGCCACAAGGAAAGAAGACAAAGUUUGAAUAG